GUAAGGGGAGGGGGGGGGGAGGAGCGGCGGAGGCGGAAGCCAUGUUGGAGCUUCACCCGGAGCGAGGGGCUGCGGGCGUUCUCCUCUCCCCGUGGGUGUGACCGGGGCUCGGCGCAGCGCGGCUGCGAGGGGCGGGGACGGUUAGCCGGGUCGUCGCCGUCGUUGGCGGCGGCGGCGGCGGCGGCGGCGUGAGGGGAGCGGCGGCCGCAGCGUGGAGCCGGGCGAUUGUGACCUCCGGGGGAGCAGGGGUCCGGCCGCGGCUUCCCACUCUCCGUGUGGCCCCCUGAGCGCCCCCCCUCCCCGGCCCGGGAGGGAGGCGGGGGGCACCCGGGCCCGCCAUGAACCCCGGCUUCGAUCUGUCCCGCCGGAACCCGCAGGAGGACUUCGAGCUGAUUCAGCGCAUCGGUAGCGGCACCUACGGCGACGUCUACAAGGCACGGAAUGUUAACACUGGUGAAUUGGCAGCAAUUAAAGUAAUAAAGUUGGAACCAGGUGAAGACUUUGCAGUUGUGCAGCAAGAAAUUAUUAUGAUGAAAGACUGUAAACACCCAAAUAUUGUUGCUUAUUUUGGAAGCUAUCUCAGGCGAGAUAAACUUUGGAUAUGCAUGGAGUUUUGUGGAGGUGGCUCUUUACAGGAUAUUUAUCAUGUAACGGGACCUCUGUCAGAAUUGCAAAUUGCAUAUGUUAGCCGAGAAACACUACAGGGACUAUACUAUCUUCACAGUAAAGGAAAAAUGCACAGAGAUAUAAAGGGAGCUAACAUUCUGUUAACGGAUAAUGGUCAUGUGAAAUUGGCUGAUUUUGGAGUAUCUGCACAGAUAACAGCUACCAUUGCCAAACGGAAGUCUUUCAUUGGUACACCAUAUUGGAUGGCUCCAGAAGUCGCAGCCGUUGAGAGGAAAGGGGGGUACAAUCAGCUCUGUGAUCUCUGGGCAGUGGGGAUCACCGCCAUAGAACUUGCUGAGCUCCAGCCUCCUAUGUUUGACUUACACCCAAUGAGAGCAUUAUUUCUAAUGACAAAAAGCAAUUUUCAGCCUCCUAAACUAAAGGAUAAAGUGAAGUGGUCAAAUAGUUUUCAUCAUUUUGUGAAAAUGGCACUUACCAAAAACCCAAAAAAAAGACCAACAGCUGAAAAGUUAUUACAGCAUCCGUUUGUCACACAACCUUUGACACGGUCUUUGGCAAUCGAACUAUUGGAUAAAGUGAAUAAUCCUGAUCAUUCCACUUACCAUGAUUUUGAUGAUGAUGAUCCUGAGCCUCUUGUUGUUGUGCCACAUAGAAUUCAUUCAACAAGUAGAAACGUGAGAGAAGAAAAAACACGCUCGGAGAUCAACUUUGGCCAAGUAAAAUUUGAUCCACCCUUAAGGAAAGAGACAGAACCACAUCAUGAACUUCCCGACAGUGAUGGUUUUUUGGACAGUUCAGAAGAAAUAUACUACACUGCAAGAUCUAAUCUGGAUCUACAACUAGAAUAUGGACAAGGACACCAAGGUAGUUACUUUUUAGGUACAAACAAGAGUCUUCUGAAGUCUGUUGAAGAAGAAUUACAUCAGCGAGGGCAUGUGGCACAUUUAGAAGAUGAUGAAGGGGAUGAUGAUGAAUCUAAACAUUCAACCAUGAAAGCAAAAGUUCCACCUCCUUUGCCACCAAAGCCUAAGUCCAUAUUCAUACCCCAGGAAAGUCAUUCUACUGAGGAUGAUAAUCAAGGAACAAUCAAGAGAUGUCCCAUGUCAGAGAGUCCAGCUAAACCAUCCCAAGUCCCACCUAGACCACCACCUCCCAGAUUACCUCCACAAAAGCCUAUUGCUUUAGGAAAUGGAGUGGGCUCCUUCCAGUUAAAUGGUGAACGAGAUGGAUCGUUAUAUCAACAACAGAAUGAACAUAGAGGAACAAACCUUUCAAGGAAAGAAAAGAAAGAUGUACCAAAGCCUAUUAGUAACGGUCUACCCCCAACACCUAAAGUGCAUAUGGGUGCUUGUUUUUCAAAGGUUUUUAAUGGGUGUCCCUUGAAAAUUCACUGUGCAACAUCAUGGAUAAACCCCGAUACCAGAGAUCAGUACUUGAUAUUUGGUGCCGAAGAAGGGAUUUAUACCUUGAAUCUUAAUGAACUUCAUGAAACAUCAAUGGAACAGCUAUUUCCCCGAAGGUGUACAUGGUUGUAUGUAAUGAACAAUUGCUUAUUAUCAAUAUCUGGUAAAGCUUCUCAGCUUUAUUCCCAUAAUUUACCAGGGCUUUUUGAUUAUGCAAGACAAAUGCAAAAGUUACCUGUUGCUAUUCCAGCACACAAACUCCCUGACAGAAUACUGCCAAGGAAAUUUGCUGUAUCAGCAAAAAUCCCUGAAACCAAGUGGUGUCAGAAGUGUUGUGUUGUGAGAAAUCCUUACACAGGUCAUAAAUACCUAUGCGGGGCACUUCAGACUAGCAUUGUUCUAUUGGAAUGGGUUGAACCAAUGCAGAAAUUCAUGUUAAUUAAGCACAUAGAUUUUCCUAUACCCUGUCCACUUAGAAUGUUUGAAAUGCUGGUGGUUCCUGAACAGGAGUACCCAUUAGUUUGUGUUGGUGUCAGUAAAGGGAGAGACUUCAACCAGGUGGUUCGAUUUGAAACAGUCAAUCCAAAUUCUACCUCUUCGUGGUUUACAGAAUCAGAUACUCCACAGACAAGUGUUACUCACGUAACCCAACUGGAGAGAGAUACCAUUCUUGUGUGCUUGGAUUGUUGUAUAAAAAUAGUAAAUCUCCAAGGAAGAUUAAAAUCUAGCAGAAAAUUAUCAUCAGAACUCACCUUUGAUUUCCAGAUUGAAUCAAUAGUUUGCCUACAAGACAGUGUGCUAGCUUUCUGGAAACAUGGAAUGCAAGGUAGAAGUUUUAGAUCUAAUGAGGUCACACAAGAAAUUUCAGAUAGCACAAGAAUUUUCAGACUGCUUGGAUCUGACAGGGUCGUAGUUUUGGAAAGUAGGCCAACUGAUAACCCCACAGCAAAUAGCAAUUUAUACAUCCUGGCGGGACAUGAAAACAGUUACUGAGAAACGUGCUUUGACAGUUAACUAUGAAGAAGGAACACUACCGCUGCAACACUAAUGGAUGCUUGAAGCUGUACGGAGGCUGCAGUGACCUGGCUCGUUACUUGUAAUUUAUUGUGGCAUGAGACAAGAUGGGGAAAGCUUUUGUUUUAAGUGGUAUGGAUAUAUUUAGCAUAUUGAACCACACAAGUGCUUAAUUCAUUGUUAUGUAAUCUUUGUACAUAUAGGCAGUAUUUUUCUGUAAAACUUCAUAUUGCUAAAGACAUACACUAAGAAUUUAUGUAGAUAAUGUACUUUUAUGAGAUGUACAAGUGUCUUAUCUGUACAAAUGUAAAUGUUGAUGAAAAUGCAGUUGGGGUUAAUAUUUUAAGAAUUCUUUAGUAUACUCUUGGUGUGACUAUAUUACAAAAUGGGAUGCUGGCAAUGAAAUAGUACAUUUAACACUAUUGUAUUUUUAUUAUAUGUAAUUUAGUAAUAUGAAUAUAAAUCUUGUAACUUUUAAAGUUAUUAUGGAGGCUGUAAUCAUUUUAUAAUCUUGUUUUUUAAUUUUAAUGCAAGUACACUGGUGUUUAUAUUUGCACAAAGUAUUGAUAUGUGAUGUAGUAAGUCACAAAAGUAAGCUGUGACAUUGUCAAUAUGCAUUUGGCUCCACAACAUCUUUUUUAAAUGUAUUUGGAUUGUUUUCUAUGUGAAACAAACCAAUUAACCACCUGUUGUAGUAACUGGUCUUUUUAUAUUUAAGCAGAAUCUGUAAGAUUGCUUGUCUGUGCUUAAAAACAAUACCUUUGAAAAAAUUUUGAGUCACAGAAUAGCGGUACCAUGAUAUAACACAGCAGUUGUCUGAAUUACAGUAUGCACAAAGAAUAAAUUAGCAUUAUUAAAGAGUCCACACUAAACAUUUCAUAUAAUCACAUUGAAGAACUGUAACAUUCCAUAGAGUGAAGUGGUUCAAAUUUCUAGUGGAAUUUUUACUUUUGUUGGCCUUAUUUUAUGAUCAUUUUCCUAUUUCUUUUGAUUUAGAGUUUAACACAUGGCCAAAAUAAUUUAGUUACUACCUCAUAUAAACAGUAUAAUGGUUACUACACAUCACAGGAACUUAGUUUGGGUUCAAGUCAUUUUUUAUUGCUUUCUUCCAAUGGAAUGUGUAUAUACCAAGUUUUAGCGAAAUGCACGCUCUGGGCUCUGUUUUCGUAUAUGGUCUUGAUAGUUUAACUAGGGGCCCAGUGCGCGGAUUUGUGCACCUUGAAAGGAACUGUGGGUCGCGAGGCUGCGUUGGGCACAGGGGCGGGUCUCUGCUCAUCCUCUGCGCCCUGGCCUGGCCUGGCCCCUGCUGCCGUAGCCCUGGGUCCCCUGUCUGCCGCCGCCGCUCCCACACACUGAUGGCGCGGAGCAAUUGGGGCUGGCGCUGUCACCAGGUGCGAGCGGUGGCUGCUGCCCCAAUUGCCUCAGGAGCAGGGGGAGAUGGAGAAGCCUCAGGGGCAAUCAGGGCCGGCAGCCAUGACUCACACCCGUCGAUGGCGCCGAGUGAUCGGGACUGGUGCUGGGCACCGGCAGCAGGUCCGAGCAGUGGCUCCGGUGCUGGCUGCAGGUGCGAGCGGGGCCGGCGCUGGCAGUGGGUGUGAGCGCCAGGCAGGACCACGGUUCGCAAGGAGCAAAGAAUUUUCAGUAACCACCAGAGGCUCGCCCUGAUGACAGUGACUGGCACCCCACCUCGGUCUGGCGCCCCCGCUCACCUGCUCCACCAUCCCGCCGUGGCCGAUGCCCGCCAUGUUCUGCACGCGCACUCUGGUGGUCAGGACACGUCAUAGCGACCGGUUGUUCGGUUGUUCCACUGUUCGGUCUAUUUGCAUAUUAGCCUUUUAUUAUAUAGGAUGUGAGUAUAUACACUAAGAACAAACUAAGUUGUGACUUAUGGUCUUCAUUUAUUUUAAUUGACAAUGCUUUUAAAUAUGUUCCUGAUUGUACAUAGUGUAAAAUAAACAUGUUUUUUUAACAUGC